AUGGGAGUCGUCGACAAGCCCUUCUCCUCUCCGGCCGCGCAGAGAAGAGCGUGGAAAAGUGCGGAAGAGGAAUUAAUCUACUACAAGACACAAUACGAGACGCUGGAAAAUGAGCUGCAGGAGUUCCAGACUUCCAGCAAGGAACUGGAGGCCGAACUAGAACGCGACAUCGAAGAGAGCGAAAAGCGCGAGAGGAAACUUCAAGAAAAGGCAGAGAAACUGGUUUUUGAGGUCGAGGAGUGGAAGACAAAGUACAAGCAAAGCAAAGCCGAAGCCAACAAUGCGCAAAACACGCUGCAAAAGGAAAUUACUGCUUUGCGCGAGGGCCAACGCGCGCUGCAGAUGCGACUCCGAGACAUUGAGGUGCAAAGCGACGAUUUCGAGCGCCAGGCACGCAACCAAACGUCAUCGCUUGAAGAUGUCGAAUCCAAGUAUAACGUGGCUAUUGAACGCGGCGUCAUGCUUGAAGAGGAGAUUAAGAUUGGAGAACAGGAGCGAGAGCAACUACGUAUAGAAACACAGCGACUACGUGAUGAACUGACCGACCUGCGCAUCGAGACGGAAAUCGUACAAGAAAAACUGCGCAUAGCAGAAGAAACCAUCGAACACCACCACCAGCGCAAGGUAUCUAGCCACCUUGCUGGUGACGUUUUGCGACCACGCUCGCCGAUUUCUGAGGCGUCAACGUCUGCGACUACCCUUUCCUCGCCCACAGCCGGCUCGACCCCGCCGCACUCGAUAGCAGAUGUCCUCCACCCGGACACAACCCCACCAUCUCCGCCGCUCUCAGACGCACCCAUUACCACCAAACUCGUUCCUUCGACGCCCAUGUCCAGACGAAAGAAUUCUGUUGUACCGCAGGAUCCUGGAACUACACCUCGUGCCGGUAUGUACUCACGGGCGCCGCGACAUUCGCGAGGACCUAGCAUGUCGGGAUCGUCACGGCCACCCAGUUCAGCUGCCAGUGGGCGGGCCACGCCCUCCCUACGGCCGACUGUGACAGGGUCGCGAGAGACCAGACCAAGUCUUGGCGCGUCUACAUCAUCGGGGUUUCCCAGGUCAGGCUCGCUCUAUCAGAUUCGGGGGCUGAUAGGUAAGAUGCAGAAGCUCGAAGAACGAGUUCAAACAGCACGAUCCAAGCUUCCUGCGCCAACGAGUACGCCACCCCGAGCGAGCCCACGAGGCAGCAGCGGCUCAGGACACGUACCCAGCUCAGUUACGUUGAGGAAUGGUCGCAAGCGCAGCUCGCAAGCGUCAGUGGCGUCGUCAGUCCCCAACGCCUACGAGUCUGGUGUCAGCCGCCUCUCCUUCGGUGCCUCCAACUCUUCGAAGGAUCCUCCGACCCCCCAACCCGACAGCCGAAACUCGUUCUCGCCACCGGCUGCGGCGAUAGCACGGCCAGCAAGCAGGAGCAGCAACCGUACCGCACUCGGACACUACCAGUCGUCAUCGAUUAGCGGAAUUGAAUCACGAGUACCGAGACCACGAAGUUCGAUGAGCGGCCAUUCCAAUGGGCACAGUUACUCGCAGUCGCUCUCGUCGUCUGUACGAGAUGACGCCAGCACCAACAGCGAUGGAAGUGGGGUGACGACACCAAUCAUGGGUCGACGGUCCACACUGGAAAAGUCUGGGAUCCCGGCACCGACGGGGAUUCCAAGGCGGGCGAGCGCAGGACGACGAGCGAGUGCAGGCCAGGAUGGGGGAGAAACGGGAUUCCCCUUACGACUGCGGAGGAUGUCGACGCAGACUGAGGAAGAGUCUUAUUAG